AUUACGCAAUAUCCGCAAGCGGUGCAGUCUGGGGUUCUGCUGCACAACACAGGGCUGGCGACACUGGCUAGCUUAGCUGACCACUUGAAAUGGACGUGUUCUUAAUGAUCCGGCGUCACAAGACCACAAUCUUCACAGAUGCCAAGGAGUCGACCACUGUCUAUGAGCUGAAGCGCAUUGUUGAGGGAAUUCUUAAGAGAACACCUGAAGACCAGCGGCUUUACAAAGAUGACCAGUUGCUAGAGGACAGCAAAACUCUUGGUGACUGUGGAUUCACCAACCAGACUGCCAGACCUCAAGCCCCAGCUACAGUUGGUCUGGCCUUCCGCAUAAAUGAUGAGAUGUUCGAACAGCUGCACAUCGAGGCCUUUUCCAGCCCCCCAGAACUCCCUGAUGUGAUGAAGCCCCAGGACUCUGGUAGCACUGCCAACGAACAGGCUGUGCAGUGAUGACAGGGGAGAGGAAACGAGCAAUGGAGAGAAGGAUUGAAGUGGGUGUGUGUGGAUUAACUGCAGUGGAGAAGUAGCGGGGUGGAGGAUGUGUAAUAUAUUUUCAGUUGAUGGAUGGGGACGUUGUAGGUAACCAAGCCUAUCCAUGUUACCUUCAUGCUAUCAUCCCAGCAUCCCCCCCCCCCCCCCCUCCAAUUUGCUUCACAAAUCAUCUUUUUUAACUCUUUAUGAUUUCCACGUCACAUGCAGUUCUGCUCCUUGACUUUGCUCUUAAGCACCAACUGGCUCAAGUUUUUUGAGUGAAGAAGUUGGUUUGGAAAAGUAUGAUUGUGUGUAUGCGUGUGUGAGUUAUUAUAAUUAUUAUCAUUAAUAUUUUGGAAAAGGUGAAGACGUAGUUGUGUGUCACAGUGCUCUAGAAGUAACAUGCAUAGGUAAGGAGUCCGGUGUCUGAAUCGGCAAACUGCAUGAACAAGUUCAAAACAAAGGCUUUAUUUCCACAGAAAACAGACACACACACACACACACACACACACACACACACACACACACACACACACACACAACACACACACACACCAUCUUCCACCAAUAAGUUUCCUUGGUCUGAUUCUCCCAGUUUUUUGUACAUUUCUGAUUUGAUUUCAUACCAGGAAUGAAAGUCUUUAAAUAAUAACUGUGUUACGUUUUUUGUCAAUUUGUUUUUCAGUAUGUUUUACUUGUCAGUUUUAUUUUUUUUUUUUUUAUGUUUCAUGCACUGAGACCAAAGGCAGGAACCUCUUUGACAACAGAGGGUUGUUUUUUUUUUUGGUCAUACAGUAUACACAGGAGGAGAGAUUUCUGGUGUUAAAACUGAAGUUUUGAAAAUGCAUACAUCACCAACAUCAAUGUGGCACCUUCCCCUAAUCACACAAACAUAGCCUGUAACUGUGAGCUUGCUUAAUUAAAAGUUUUUCCUGUUUUGUUUUUUA